UCGCUAUGGUGACUGGGAAGCUGCAAUUAGUGCCAGCAGGACUCUUGCUAGAUUGGGGCUGCAGGGCGUUGAGGGAGAGUCAGUGACAGGAGUUGAGGCUGUAGUCCUGUCUCCAACCCCCUCCCAGCCUAGGCGGAGUGGCUUGUAAUACAAACGCUCACUCAAGUACUUCUAGCAGAUAUGAGUGGAUAUUAGGGUGGCCCACAGAUUGCAGUUGCAGACCCAGAUGGAGAGGGGGAUCACAUGAACAAAGGCUCACAAACUGGAGGAGACCUGGCCAAUAUGGUACGGGCUGUCACGCUGAAAUGAACCCCCAGCACUCCUCCGUAAACCAUGGCCACCCUUAACUCAGCCUCUACUGCUGGCACCACCCCCUCCCCUGGGCACAAUGCCCCGUCCCCGCCUCCGGACACCUCCUCCUCCAGCACCCCCUCUGAUCCUGUCACCAAAGAUCCCCCUGCUUCCCCCUCCACCCCUGAGAGCAUGAGGCCCUCAGAGCCAGGAGAACAGCCCCUAGAGUCAGGCUGUGGCCUCGUCCCACCAAAGGAGAUUGCGGAGCCCUCAAAAGAGCCUGGCUGUGGUCACUUCCCGCCAAAGGACCUGGGGGUAGAAAAGGACAAGGAGCAGCAGGAAGAGGACGGGCUCCCUCCUGUGGACCUACGCAACCACUUACUCUUCGCAUCUGGCGGUGAGGCCUACCUGGUGGCCAGCCUGCCCCUGCCAGGCAGCAAUGAACUCCCGUUACCAAAGGGCUUCCCCUGGGGUGAGGCAGGCACCAAGGAAGAGCCCAGCCGGCCCCUACUUGCCCACCCAGCCCCUGCACACCUCACUGCCCUUCACAUCCAACAUGGCUUUGAUCCAACCCAAGGCUUUAGCUCUUCUGACCAAAUUCUGUCCCACAAUACCUCAGCGCCAUCUCCGGCCACCUGUGAGGGAAGGGAUGGAGCCUUCUGGAGCUACCAGCUGACUCCGAACCCACCCGGAGAUCCCAAAGAUGGCCCCAUGGGGAACAGGGGGGGAGACCACAGGGCACUGUUCUGGUUCUGCCUCCUCUGCCGCCUGGGUUUCAGCAGGCCCCAGGCCUUUGUGGGUCACACACAGUCUCAUGGGGUGAAGCUAACCCCUUCCCAACACCGGGGCCUGUCGGGCAGCCCAGCCGUGCUCCAGGAGGGGGCCGAGGGCUGCACGGCCCUCAUAAGCUUUCUGGAACCAAAACUCCCCACUUGUCCCUCUUUUGAAAUACCCCUCGACAACAGCAGCACAGUGAACAUGGAGGCGAAUGCAGCCCAGUCCGCGGAUGGCCCCCCUGAGGCCCAAGUCCAGGCCCCAGUCCUCCCCACUGAAGAAGUCAUGGCCCUCAGCUCUCCCUCCCCACCCACAACCCCGGCCACCUGGGACCCCAGCCCAACCCAAGCCAAAGAAUCGCCAGUAGCAGCAGGCGAGGCAGGGCCAGAUUGGUUCCCCGAGGGGCAAGAAGAUGGAGGGCUCUGCCCCCCACUCAACCAAAGCUCACCCACCUCCAAGGAGGGGGGCAUUCUCCCCGUCCCAGUGGGCUCCCCUGAGGACCCCAACGACCCACCCCAGUCCUACCGCCUGGCUGACGAUUAUGCCCCAGGCCCUGCAGCCUUCCAGGGCCUCAGCCUGUCCAGCCACAUGUCCCUGCUACACUCUCGGAACUCCUGCAAGACGCUCAAGUGUCCCAAGUGCAACUGGCACUACAAGUACCAGCAGACCCUGGAUGUGCACAUGAGGGAGAAGCAUCCCGAGAGCAACAGUCACUGCAGCUACUGCAGCGCCGGGGGCGCCCACCCCCGCCUUGCGCGGGGCGAGAGCUACAACUGCGGCUACAAGCCCUACCGCUGCGACGUCUGCAACUACUCCACCACCACCAAGGGCAACCUCAGCAUCCACAUGCAGUCUGACAAGCACCUGGCCAACCUGCAGGGCUUCCAGGCAGGGCCUGGGGGGCAGGGGAGUCCCCCAGAGGCAUCGCUCCCACCCCCUGCUGGGGACAAAGAGCCCAAGACCAAAUCAUCCUGGCAGUGCAAGGUGUGCAGCUACGAAACAAACAUCUCCCGCAACCUGCGCAUCCACAUGACCUCCGAGAAGCACAUGCAGAACGUGCUGAUGUUGCACCAGGGACUGCCUCUGGGCCUGCCACCUGGGCUGGUGGGGACGGGCCCUCCUCCCCCACCAGGGGCUGCUGCCCCCAACCCGCAGGAACUCUUCCAGUACUUCGGGCCCCAGACUCUAGGGCAGCCUCAGACUCCCUUGCCUGGCCCUGGACUGAGGCCAGACAAGCCCCUGGAAGCCCAGCUGCUUCUCAAUGGCUUCCACCACCUUGGAGCACCUGCCCGCAAGUUCGCCACACCUGCCCCUGGAAGCCUCUCCCCCGAUGCCCACCUGCCUCCAAAUCAGCUCCUGGGCUCCUCGUCUGACAGCCUGCCCACCUCGCCGCCCCCAGAUGACAGCCCGACCCUGAAGGUAUUCCGAUGCCUGGUGUGCCAGGCCUUCAGCACAGACAGCCUGGAGCUGCUGCUCUACCACUGCAGUGUGGGCCGGAGCCUCCCGGAAGCCGAAUGGAAGGAGGUGGCAGGGGACACCCACCGCUGCAAGCUCUGCUGCUACGGCACCCAGCUCAAGGCCAAUUUCCAGCUCCACCUCAAGACUGACAAACACGCUCAGAAGUACCAGCUGGCGGCCCACCUGCGGGAGGGGGGCGGGGCCGUGGGCACCCCCUCUCCCAUGCCCCUGGGGGACGGGGCCCCUUACGGGUCUGUGUCCCCCCUGCAUCUGCGCUGCAACAUCUGUGACUUCGAGUCCAACAGCAAGGAGAAGAUGCAGCUGCACGCCCGGGGUGCAGCCCAUGAAGAAAACAGCCAGAUCUACAAGUUUCUGCUGGAAAUGGAGGGAGCAGAGGCAGGGACAGAGCUGGGGCUGUACCGCUGCCUGUUGUGUGCGUGGGAGACCCCCUCGCGCCUGGCUGUACUACAACACCUGCGCGCCCCAGCCCACCGCGACGCCCAGGCCCAGAGGCGCCUGCAGCUGCUACAGAAUGGCCCGACAGCAGAGGAAGGACUGCCUGCUCUUCAGAGCAUCCUGAGCUUCAGCCACGGGCAGCUCCGGACUGCUGGAAAGGCUCCUGCCAUACCCUUAGCAGAGCUGCCCACCCCUGAGAAAGAUGCCCAGCACAAGACAGAACUGGCUCCUGAAGAGGCAGAGAUCAAGACCGACCCUUCCAGAGACAGUGCCGGCCAGACCACGGUAUACUGCUGUCCAUACUGCAGCUUCUUGAGCCCAGAGGCUGACCAGGUGAGGGCUCAUGCACUCUCCCAGCAUGCAGUGCAGCCCAAAUACAGGUGCCCGCUGUGCCAGGAGCAGCUGGUGGGCCGGCCGGCCCUGCACUUCCACCUUAGCCACCUCCACAACGUGGUGCCCGAGUGCGUUGAGAAGCUGCUGCUCGUGGCCACAACCGUAGAGAUGACCUUGACCACCAAAGUGCUACCCGGGCCCACGCUAAGCCCUCUGGAGGAUGGCCCAGAAGCGCCCACUCCUGGGCCAGUGCCUGCACCGAGCAGCAACCAGGCAACAGAAGGCCCUAACAUGACCCCAGAAGCCAGUCCGGAUCCUCUUCCUGAGCCUCCCUUGGCCUCAGCUGAGGCCCCAGACAAGCUUUCUGGAAGCCCUGACCAACCCCCCUCUCCAGCCUCAUCUCCAGUCCCUCGGCCUGAGCCUGAUGUCCAUGCUGAGGAAGUAGUUCCUCCACCCACCAUGGCUGAGGAGGAAGAGGGCAACGCUGGGGAGCCCCGCUCUGCAGAGCCAGCUCCCACAGACUCUCGUCACCCUCUGACCUAUCGGAAGACCACCAACUUUGCCCUGGAUAAGUUUCUUGACCCUGCCCGGCCCUAUAAGUGCACUGUGUGUAAGGAGUCUUUCACCCAGAAGAAUAUCCUCUUGGUUCAUUACAAUUCUGUCUCCCACCUUCAUAAGAUGAAGAAGGCUGCCAUUGACCCCUCCGCCCCAGCCCGGGGAGAGCCUGCCCCCCCCCCCCCCCACGCCUCUGCCACAGACAAGCCCUUUAAGUGCACAGUCUGCCGGGUCUCCUACAACCAGAGCUCCACCCUGGAGAUCCACAUGCGGUCAGUCCUGCACCAGACUCGCUCUCGGGGGGCCAAGUCUGAUGCCAAAGCCGAAGGGCCCGAGCGCAGCCAAGAAGAGCCCAAGGAAGGCGAGACUGAGGGGGAGGUGGGCACUGAAAAGAAGGGCCCUGACCCCACUGGCUUCAUACCUUGAUUGUCCUUCCUGUCCCCUCCCCCACCCCCCUUGGACCUGCCCCGAUUCUCAGCCCCUCUCUUCACCCCGCCAGUCCUGCCCCCCUUCCCUCUGGUGCCUGAGUCACUGCUUAAGCUCCAGCAGCAGCAGCUGCUCCUGCCCUUCUACCUCCAUGACCUCAAGGUGGGGCCCAAGCUGGCGCUGGCGGGGCCUGCGCCCAUGCUGUCCCUGCCACCGACCCCACCCCCACCCGAGGCCCUGGGGGGUGGGGACAAGCUGGCCUGCAGGGCCUGUGGGAAACUCUUCUCCAACAUGCUCAUCCUCAAGACCCACGAGGAGCACGUGCACCGCCGCUUUCUGCCCUUCGAGGCGCUGAGCCGUUAUGCUGCUCAGUUCCGAAAGAGCUAUGACAGCCUCUACCCGCCCCCCGUGGAGCCCCCCAAACCUCCUGAUGGGCCUCUGGAGUCACCUGCCCCCCAGUUGGGCCCACCUUUCCUGGUCCCAGAGCCUGAUGCAGUGGGGAGCCGUGUCCCUGAAGAGAGGAGCAGGGCGGGAGGACGCUGGCCCCCGGAGGAGGAAGAAAGCUCCAGAGGGACUCUUCCCUCCCUAGUACCUGCAGGCCGCCGGUUCUCCAGAACCAAGUUCACAGAGUUCCAGACCCAAGCCCUGCAGUCCUUCUUUGAGACCAGUGCCUACCCCAAGGAUGGAGAGGUGGAGCGGCUUGCAAGUCUCUUGGGUCUGGCUAGUCGUGUGGUGGUCGUGUGGUUCCAGAAUGCCCGCCAGAAAGCACGCAAAAACGCCUGUGAAGGGGGGCCUGUGCCAGCCGGAGGUGGCACCGGGGGGGCCUCUGGCUGCAGGCGCUGCCACGCCACCUUCCCCUGUGUUUUCGAGCUGGUGCGGCACCUCAAGAAGUGCUAUGAUGACCAAGCCCCUGAAGAGGAGGAGGAAGAAGCGGAGAGAGAGGAGGAGGAAGAUGUAGAGGAGGAAGAAAUAGAGGAGGAACCGGGCCUUGAGACCCCAGCAGGGCCUGAGGGGCCAUCACCAGAACCUGCAGAUGGGGAGGAACUGAGCCAAGCAGAGACAACAAAGUCAGGAAGCAAAGAGCCUGAAGGGAAGGCCUCUCCCUCGCCCUCCCCGGCCCACACGUGUGACCAGUGCACCAUCUCUUUCCCCAGCCAGGACCUCCUGGCCAGUCACCGCCGACUGCACUUCCUGCCCGCUGUGCCGCCCAGCGCUCCUCCACAGCUCCUAGACCUGCCCUUGCUGGUGUUUGGGGAGCGAAACCCCUUGGUGGCUGGAACCCCACCUGUGCCAGGGCCACCCCUCAAACGGAAGCAUGAGGAUGGCAGCCUGUCCCCCACAGGAAGUGAAACGGGGGGUGGUGGGGAGGGUGAGCCCCCCAGGGACAAGCGCCUGCGCACCACCAUCCUGCCCGAGCAGCUGGAGAUCCUGUACCGUUGGUACAUGCAGGAUUCCAACCCAACGCGCAAGAUGCUUGACUGCAUCUCCGAGGAGGUGGGGCUCAAAAAGCGAGUGGUACAGGUCUGGUUUCAGAACACCAGGGCCCGGGAGAGGAAAGGGCAGUUUCGGAGCACCCCUGGGGGUAUCCCCAGUCCAGCAGUCAAACCCCCUGUCACACCUACCCCUGCACCAUUCCCCAAGUUCAACCUCCUGCUAGGCAAGGUAGAUGAUGGGGCUGGGAGGGAAGCUCCCAAAAGGGAAGCCCCGGCCUUUGCCUACCCCACGGUCACCCCGGGUGCCGGGCCGCUGCCUUUCUUACCACCUGGGAAAGAAGCCACCACUGCAACCCCAGAGCCACCUCUUCCUCUCCCACCUCCCCCUCCACCUAGUGAGGAUGAGGGCCCAGAGGAACCUUCUAAAGCUUCUCCAGAGAGUGAGGCUUGCAGUCCAUCUGCAGGAGAUCUAAGUGAUUCCUCUGCUUCCAGCCUGGCUGAACCAGAGUCCCCUGGGGCUGGAGGCACCAGUGGGGGACCAGGGGGUGGGACUGGGGUUCCAGAUGGAGUGGGGCAGCGGCGCUACAGGACUCAGAUGAGCAGCCUGCAGCUGAAGAUCAUGAAAGCCUGCUAUGAAGCCUACCGCACCCCCACCAUGCAGGAGUGCGAGGUGCUGGGGGAGGAGAUUGGGCUGCCCAAGAGAGUCAUCCAGGUCUGGUUCCAGAAUGCUCGCGCUAAGGAGAAGAAGGCCAAGCUGCAGGGAGCAGCCGCUGGGGGGUCUGGGGGAAGCGGUGAGGGCCCCUUGGCCGCGCAGCGCACUGACUGCCCCUACUGCGAUGUCAAGUAUGAUUUCUAUGUCUCCUGCCGAGGCCAUCUCUUUUCCCGCCAGCACCUGGCCAAGCUCAAGGAGGCAGUCCGAGCCCAGCUGAAGAGUGAAAGCAAGUGCUACGACUUGGCCCCGGCGCCCGAGGCACCCCCAGCUCCCAAGGCCCCGCCCACCACCACCCCUGCCUCUGUGCCCCUCGGGGCUGCCCCAGCCCUGCCUCGCUUGGCUCCGGUCCUCCUGUCUGGCCCACCUCUGACCCAGCCCCCGCUGGGCAGCUUAGCUCCUUUCAGUUCAGGCCCUGCAGCCUCCUCAGGCCUCCUUGGCCUCGCCACUUCGGUCCUGCCUGCUACCACAGUGGUCCAGACUGCUGGCCCAGGCCGCCCUUUACCUCAGAGACCUGUGCUCGACCAAACCAACGCCUCCAUGGCAGGCGCCACUGACCCUGUCCCAGGCCCACCUACUGAGCCCUCAGGGGACAAGGUCUCUGGUGAGCGAAAGCCAGUUGUAGCCCCCACCAACUCCUCCACUGAUGCCCUCAAGAACCUCAAAGCGUUGAAGGCCACUGUCCCAGCCCUGUUGGGGGGCCAAUUCCUGCCCUUCCCACUACCCCCCACUGGGGGGGCAGCACCGCCAGCUGUCUUUGGGCCCCAGAUACAGGGGGCCUACUUCCAACAGCUCUAUGGCAUGAAGAAGGGGCUAUUUCCCAUGAACCCCGUGAUACCUCAGACCCUCAUUGGGCUGCUUCCCAAUGCCCUCCUCCAGCCGCCACCCCAGCCCCCUGAGCCCACAGCCACAACACCUCCAAAGCCUCCUGAACUACCCGCUGCAGGAGAAGGGGAGGCUGGUGAGGUGGAUGAGCUGCUAACAGGCAGCACUGGCAUCUCCACCGUGGAUGUGACCCACCGCUACCUGUGCCGCCAAUGCAAGAUGGCAUUUGAUGGGGAGGCCCCAGCUACUGCCCAUCAGAGAUCCUUCUGCUUCUUUGGGCGGGGCUCUGGGGGCUCCAUGCCUCCUCCACUGCGGGUACCCAUCUGCACCUACCACUGCCUGGCAUGUGAGGUGCUGCUGAGUGGGCGCGAAGCCCUGGCCUCUCACCUGCGCUCCUCGGCCCACAGGCGCAAGGCGGCCCCGCCUCCAGGGGGCCCACCCAUCACCGUCACCAACGCCACCACGGCUGCCACGGCUGCUGUGGCUUUUGCCAAAGAGGAAGCAAGAUUACCUCACACGGACUCCAACCCAAAAACUACUACUACCUCUACACUUCUAGCUUUAUAAACAGAUAAACCAAGAUGGGGAGAGAGGGAAGCCUCAGGGCGCCCUCUUUUACCCCAAGGGGUGUUUGGUGGGGGCUCAAAUCCCUCACCCCAACCCUCGGCUCCGCCCACCUCAUGGGAAUCCUUCAAUUCCCACCCUCAGUGGGCUUCACACACCCCACCUCCAGCAGAGUCCUGCCUCCUCCCCCGCCCACACUCUGAUCUUUAUGGUCAAUUCCUUGCAGAUACAGCCCUUGCUUCUGCGUCUUCUCACACACACUCGCACCCACCUUGGCAUCCCGAGUAUACACACACGUCUGCCCGCACACGGAAAACAUAUCCUUGGUUCCAUCUUCUCCACUGACUUCCCCAGCCUCCCACUCCUGUCACACACACACACACGCACACAUGCACACACACAUGUGCACACAAAUCACAGUUAUCUCAUGCUGUUCCACUGACUGAGAAAACACCAAAAAAAAAAAAAAAAA